CUAUAUGGAGAGAAGCCUAACUUCCUGUAAAGGAAUCUAUCUGAAGAGAAGCCUAACUUUGCUUAAAGGAAUCUAUCCGAAGAGAAGCCUAACUUUGCUUAAAGGAAUCUAUCCGAAGAGAAGCCUAACUUCGCUUAAAGGAAUCUAUCCGAAGAGAAGUCUAACUUCGCUUAAAGGAAUCUAUCCGAAGAGAAGUCUAACUUCGCUUAAAGGAAUCUAUCCUAAGAGAAGCCUAACUUCCCGUAAAGGAAUCUAUCCGAAGAGAAGCCUAACUUUGCUUAAAGGAAUCUAUCCGAAGAGAAGCCUAACUACCCUAACAGGAAUCUAUAUGGGGAGAAGCCUAACUUCCUUUCCUCUGCCCUCACUCCUGCCUAGUCAAGCCGCUGUUCCCUCGAGCGAGGACUCUCCUUUGUCGAGAUCCAAGGAAAGGCACAUACAGGGACACGGCUGCUAGAGGUUUAGCCACAGAGGGAGUGUGUGUCGAGCUUAAGGGCAGCGAUGAACGUCCUUCUUCCCGCCCGGACUCCGUCGGCCCGUCUCGCGAAGGAGGAGGAAUCGGCGGGCACAGGAGUCCAUAUAAAGGAGGAGCUCUUCGAAGGCGCCGUUGAAGAGGGGUACUUGGACAUUAAGGAAGAACCGCAUGAUUACGCAGACGGAGCGGCGAGGGAGGAAGCGAGCGGAGUGGAAGUGAAGAGCGAGUUUCUCUUCCUUGAGGAUCUCCACGGCUUCGAACGCAAAGUGAAGGGAAGAGACUCGCACGAUUUUGCCGAGGGCCGCGGAGACGUCUCGUCUAGAGGCUUCAGGAGACGCGAAACGAAGGGAAAAGACUCGUGCGAUUUUGCCGAGGGCCGUGGCGACAUCUUGCCGAGAGGAGCACCAUUCGCAGCCGAGGAUUGUGCGAACGAGUGUCCAUCAUCAGACUGGGACGAGGCAGGAAGCGCGGAAAGUCGCAAAGAGCUCAAACGCGGAGAAGUGGAUAGGAAACUGAAAUGUUUUGUGUGCGAAGUGUGCGGCAAAACGUUCUACAGAAAAGCAUGCAUAAAGGUACACAUGAGAGUCCAUACAAGAGAAAAGCCCUACAGCUGCGAGAUUUGCCGUAAAGAUUUCUCAGACAAAUCCAACUUAGUAAACCACAUGAGAGUCCAUACUAAAGAAAAGCCCUACGUCUGUGAGAUUUGCAACCAAGCCUUUUCGCACAGAAAUAGUCAAGUCAAGCACAUGAGGGUCCAUACACAGGAAAAGCCCUACACUUGCAAGAUCUGCAAUAAGGACUUCUCGGACAAAUCCAACCUGGUGAAGCACACGAGGCUGCAUACAAAGGAGAAGCCCUUCACCUGCGAGAUUUGCAACAGGGCCUUCUCGCAGAACAGUGUCCGAGUGAUACACAUGAGAGUGCAUACGAGGGAGAAGCCAUACAACUGCAAAAUCUGCAACAAGGCAUUCUCGCAAACCAGCUCCCGAGUGAUACACAUGAGAGUACACACCAAAGAGAGGCCUUACGUCUGCGAUGUUUGCAGUAAAGCCUUUCCGUCCAAGAGCGAGCUAGUAAAGCAUAUCAGAGUACAUACGAAAGAGAAGCCCUACAGUUGCGAAAUCUGCAACAGGGGUUUUUCGCAGAAAGCCAAUCUAGCGAGUCAUAUCAGAGUACAUACAAAGGAGAAGCCGUUCAGCUGUGAGGUUUGUAAGAGGGACUUCGCUCUGAAGAGUGGUUUAGUAAAGCACAUGAGAGUUCAUACAAGAGAAAAGCCGUAGGCCUGUGAGGUUUCCUAUAAAACGUGUUUUUUUUUCUCUCCAAAACACAUUCCAGAAUGACGCGAGGAAGUGCAUACAGAGGAGCAAAGUGUGAGGAUUCUUUAAGAAAUAUGUGAUAUGAUACAUGUUGUCUGCUCAUGUAAAGUAGAAACCACAUAGGCAUUGUCUCUAUGUGAAGAUCCUAAUAUAUAUGAGGUCUGUACGUAUAUCUUAACCAGAAAAGGAAUUUCAUAGGCCACUGAAAAAUCAACAAAAAAAGCUAUGUACAAGGAAAACUCAUCCUCUUGAUAUGUGGGGAGAUGCAUCAUAGAUAUUAAAAGUUAUUUUUUUUUUCUGAUUUGUGUUGUAUCUUGUUAUUCUUAAUGUGUAGUUUUGUCAAGUUUGAUGAGGUUUUACGCUUCAUGACCUAUGUUUUAGUCUCCAUUGUUUUUUGUUUUUUUAUCUAUAGACACGUAUAUGCCUGCUGCCACUGACCAGGAUUGAUCAGAAAGAUAUCCACAAAUGUUCACAGCGUUCUGAAGAAGAGGCUCCUCCCCCUCGUCAAUUAUUAAUCAAUCAAUUUUAAUUUAGUUUUAUUCCGUGUGUGACAAGGGAUAGUCUUGGUGUGAUAUAUUGUCUGUUAGUUUUAUUCCGUGUGUGACAAGGGAUAGUCUUGGUGUGAUAUAUUGUCUGUUUCAUUUUGCUUCUAAGUUAUCCCCUUGUGUGUAUGGAAUGGCUGGGGUUACCAUCCACUGGUGACAAAGGAUUUGAAUGCAGGUCAGCAAGAUUACUAAACGAGAGAGAGAGAGAGAGAGAGAGAGAGAGA